AUGUCGCUUCGCGCACUCAAUCACUUCAUUCGUUCAUUCAUAGACAGUGGGUCUUCAGUUACUAACUGUCAUACUCUCAAGACUGGCCCCGACUCCUACUGCAAGCGCUGCGGCGCCUACGAGUCCAGCGAGCAGAUUUUCUUCCAGUGCCCAAGAUCGCUGGACGCCCUCAGACACCUCAAGGAGGCAGCAGAAGAGGCUGGUAUCAGAAACAGACCCUGGACCGCCAGGAGACUCAACAUCAACUCCUCCCCCGUCCUCACCAUGAACCUGUACGCAAUCUUCAUGGAGACCCUCUGGACAAUCAGGAAUAAGGAGCGACAUGUGGAAGAAUAUCAGUUCUCCAAGCACCUCAUUCUCUUUAAGACCAAGACUGUGAUCAAGGCCGUGUGGACUCGUGCUAAGAACACAUGCCAGAGACUCUACACCAAAGGAAUCAACACUACAAACACAGAAGCGAAGCACGCAAUACAAGAGCGCAUCACCCAAACAACUACCCAACUGAACCAACACUGGGGACACCAGACCCUUUACAAUCUGCCACCACUUAACUGUUACCUACUAUAA